AGCACUCCUCCCGACUCUCCCGCCUCCAACCCUCCGAAAGGGAAUCAAUUCAUUCUUCACCUCCGAUCAUUCCCUUCCCCCUCCCAUCCAUCCUUUGAUUGAUUGGUGCGGAUUGAUACAGACAAAUAUCGACAAAGCCUGUUUUGCCCUCCCCCUCCCUCCUCCUCCUCCUCCUCAGGGCUACUCCUCCCUCCUCCCUCGGCCAACCUUUUCUCAAUUGUCGCAUUCGGCCGCGUUCCCGUCUCGACCGCAGAUUCGGCCCCCUCCCAGGUCAGACAACACAAUCGACAUCGAUACUUUUGUCGGAGCCUGACUCGCCUUUCACACCUUCAUACCCAGCCCCAAACAUCACUAUAAUCGCGAAGCUAUAGCCAAUCGUCUCAAUGCGGCCACAACGGGAGUAUCAUAUCGUCGUUCUAGGCGCUGGAGGUGUGGGCAAGAGCUGUCUUACGGCUCAAUUCGUGCAAAAUGUGUGGAUUGAGAGCUACGACCCGACAAUCGAGGACUCCUACCGAAAACAGAUCGAGGUAGACGGCCGACAAUGUAUUCUGGAAAUACUGGACACUGCAGGAACAGAACAGUUCACGGCCAUGAGAGAGCUAUAUAUGAAGCAAGGACAGGGGUUUCUGCUCGUAUUUUCCAUCACGAGCAUGUCGUCCUUGAACGAACUAUCCGAGUUACGAGAGCAGAUUAUCCGCAUCAAGGAGGAUGAGAAAGUGCCUAUUGUCAUUGUGGGCAACAAAUCCGACCUUGAGGAAGACCGCGCGGUGCCACGCGCCCGCGCGUUUGCUCUCUCCCAGAGCUGGGGCAACGCCCCCUACUACGAAACCUCGGCUCGUCGACGAGCCAACGUCAACGAGGUCUUCAUUGACCUCUGCCGGCAGAUCAUCCGAAAGGACCUGCAAGGCAACUCGAAGAGCGAAGACUCCUCCCGCAAACGGGAGAACCCCAAUCGGGGUGAGAAAAAGAAGGAUAAGAAGCGGCGGAAGGGCCCUUGCGUGAUCUUAUAAUCGAUUUAUAUCGGGACGAAGUGAAGCAACAAACUUUCAAAAUGCAAGCGAGCAAAUCAUUUGCUUGUCCGCAUGAUCUAUUUUCCAUU